CGUUCCUGAAUAUUGCAUAGGAUGCGCUUGUUGAAUUUAUACUGUGCAAGGCCGUAGCUGCGUGCUUGUGCUGAAUUCUUACUACAAAAUGGUUUCAACGUCUUUACAAUGGACUGUCGCUGUGCUAAUUAUUAUUAUAGCAGGCUCAUUUUUGCAACGGCAACAAAAAUCGCGCGAACGUUUAGACAGUGUCGUUGUUUGGCUUGACGAGUACGAUUUGUUUACAUCCAGUGGCAGUGCAAGUAAUCGAGAUCGUUUCGACGUUUUAGCGAAGCACGGUAUAAAUUCCUUGUGGGAUUGUGCGCAUCUUGAUGAAGACAAAUUAUCAUUCUUGGAUGAGCAUGAUAUGCAGCGCACCCUAGUGGCCGUGGGCGAACUAAAGAACAAGUUUCUACUCAAACAGUGGCUUGCGCAUCACAACCUGCAGGAAUAUGAGUCUAGGCUUCACCGUUUCGAUUGCCAUUCGCUGUCGAGCCUCUUGUAUAUUGAGCUGGAUGUGCUGCGGACUCUCGCUACAUCUUCGUACGACUACGACCGCUGGCUGGCGGCUCUUGCUGACCUGCAGCAGAACUAUAUCGAAAGCUCGGUGCUGACAGAGGACGAGUGGAUUGCAGCUGAUGAUUAUUUAACAUGGCACUCUGGAGCUAUUAUGUUGCUGAUACUCAUGCUGGCAUCUGGAGUUGUUGCCAUGACAAUGACUCAUCUACAGGCUCUGUCCACUGAUGCAAUAAAUCACAAAACCUCCUUCUUUGAACUCGUUACUGGCAAAUAUCUCUCUCCUCAUCACUGCCGCGUGUUUUUCGAUUGGGAGGAACCACAGCAGGUUGGCCACACGAUGACUAUCAAGAUCAAAUUCUUUCAACGCAACAGCCGACCCUACCCCAUCAGUGACUGUGACGGUGUCCUUGUGGAGAUCAUGAUGGCUGACUAUAAGGUGGCGACAUCUACAGAGUUUGGUGCGCUGAACCCCUCAGAUGUGAACACGGCGACGGUGACCUUCACCGUGAGGAAGGCCGGAGAGUAUAAGAUUGCCAUCAUGGUCGGGGCUCACCAUGUUAGGGGAAGCCCUUUUCUCAAACGCUUUCACUCUGGCUCACUAGAUCCGAGUAAUACAGGUUUCAUUCACCACUAUUCUAUUCUAACAGUUACGCUAGGUCAAACAGAGACGUUUUCGCCUGUCAGGCAGCUGGUUUAUGACAAGGGAACGCGGCAAGCGACGAUGGUAAUCGUGUUGCGAGAAGAGGGCAUUUUCCAGGCACUCGUCACGUACAAGGGAGCCAAGCUAAAACACUCAGAGUUUAACAUUAUUGUCCUCAAUGCCAAUGAAGCAGCGGUCGUAAAGAAAAAUGUCGACACGCGAAGUCAUGACUGUUACUAUGAAGCCAAGAUGACGACUGUUGGCUACGAGAGGUUUACAAAGAGCAAGAAAGUUUAUAUCUACAUCUCGCCAAAGCAAGUAACUGUGAAAGAGUUCAUUUUGAGAAUCAUUCCAAUGAGAUUGUAUACAUUCCGACUUUGUCCGUCUACAAAGUUUAUAUUCCACUCGAACAGCGAUGGUGAAGACGAUCAUGCGUUCACGAUUGACGAUGGCUCACAGCCACCGCUGCGCCUCACCUCUCCCGACUGCAACGUGAUCAGUGCCACCUUCACACAGUUCUUGCUCAAGAAUAUCGGAGGAUCGGAGACAUUUCGAGACAAGCAGAACUUUUUCUUCCACGAGGUACGCAAGCUGCACCAGAAGAAGAGCCGAGAUAAGCUGUGUAUUCGCGUGCAUCGUGACCGUCUGCUUGAGAGUUCGAUGAAAGCAUGUAAGAGUUUUUCAACAGCUGAUUGGUGUAGACUAUUUGAACUGACGUUCAUCGGCGAGGAAGGUCUGGACUGGGGAGGACUGCGCAGGGAGUGGUUUGAGUUAAUGUGCACUGCACUAUUUGAUCCACAAAAUCAACUGUUCACUCGUUUCAAGAAUGACAAUCAAGGCUUAGUUCACCCUAACCCACGCAGACAGGUGACAUUAAAACUAAAAUACUAUGAAUUCGCCGGCAAGCUUAUUGGUAAAUGUUUGUACGAGUCGUCACUAGGGGGCGGCUACAGGCAGCUAGUGAAAGCGAGAUUCACCCGAUCAUUCCUUGCACAGCUGAUUGGACUACGUGUUCACUACAAGUACUUUGAGCAGGACGAUCCAGAUUUCUAUGUUGCUAAGAUUCGUUACAUAGAGGAGAACAGUGUGGAAGACCUGGAGCUCUACUUUGCUGAGGAACAGUACAAUGAUAACGGCAAGCUAGAAAAGGUCAUAGAGUUGGUGCCAGGCGGUAUCAAGAUACGAGUGACAAACCAGAACAAAUUGCGCUAUCUCAACAGUCUCGCACAGUAUAGACUGGCUACAGAUGUCCAGCAGGAGGUCGAAUACUUCCUGAAAGGACUCAAUGACCUCAUCCCGGACAAUCUGCUCAGCAUCUUCGAUGAGAAUGAGCUCGAGCUACUGAUGUGUGGAACUGGUAACUUCAGCAUCUCAGAGUUCAAGCAGCAUCACAUCGUUAAUGGCUCUUCAUACGAACACAAGAAGGUGCUGGACUGGUUCUGGACGUUAGUUGCUAGCUUCACAGAGGAAGAGAUGGCCCGGUUACUACAGUUCACUACAGGCUGCUCACAACUGCCUCCUGGUGGAUUUUCUGAACUUAUCCCAAAAUUCCAAAUCAGUGCCACGCCUGCGUUUGGCACACUGCCUACAGCUCAUACUUGUUUCAAUCAACUCUGCCUACCAGACUAUAACUCCUUGGAGGACUUUCAGAGAGCUCUACUGCUCGCCAUAAAUGAGGGAAGUGAGGGAUUCGGUAUGGCAUAGAUUGAAGUGAGCUCAGUUCAUGUAAGGUUAUGAUGCUCCGAGGGACAUUCUGUAUCGUCUAUGUAAAUGUGUACCUUCUCGGUAUCUUGUAAGUGAGUACAAAUGUUCUGUCUUUUGCUAUCGAAGAUCUAUAUAUUCCAUAUUUACGGUUUCAUACUUUAUGAGGUGACUCAUCAUGAAUGCCAGUCAGCAUGUUAUAGCAAGGUCUGCGUCUGUUAUGGACCCACUCUCUCAGUCAUUUUUGCGUGCCGUAACAUUGUGUGUGGUCAUGUCAUCUGUUGUAGCAGCAUGUUAUUUAUCGUAUGUUGCAUACCAUUGUGUUAUAUGUUGUCAUAUUUCAUGUACUAUCACAUUGUGUUACAUGUCAUUGUUCUGCAUGUCAGUGUGCUUGCAUUUAAUUAUCGUGAUCGCAUGAACCUGGCAUGAGGGUAGUGUAUAGGAAUUUGUUUAUCAAUAACAUCAUCGUUACAAGGAGAUGUAAAUAUUGAGGUUUGAGCUAAUAUAAAAGCAUUUAUUCAUUUGAUAUUUUGUAUAAUAUUGACUUUCUCAUUUUUGUGACCAAAGAAUAAACCUGUAUUAAACUCGAA